AUGACGGUCAAAGGAAACAAGAGGCAAAAGACACAGCGCAGCAAAGGAGGAGGAUAUGAACAAGACAGCCCCUCUCUGACUAUCAAUCUGCGCUACAGGAGCUCAAAGAGCACUGCCAUAGGUGUGCACAGCACUGAGGAGUGUGUGAACUUCACUAGCGCUACUCAUCAACUCAAGCUUACCAGAAUGGAGUCCCGAUCCCUGAACUUUGAAAGACCCCAAAACCUUCUUGGUAUUGUGGACAAUGAUGUGAUGCGUAGAGGGUCUCGUCGCAAAAGGGAGUUCAUACCUGAUGAGCAGAAAGAUGCCCUUUACUGGGAGAAGCGACGUAAAAACAAUGAAGCAGCCAAGAAGUCACGGGAGAAGAGAAGAAUGAACGACUAUGUGCUUGAAACUUAUGUCCUGGCGCUGAAAGAGGAGAACACACGACUCAAAGCUGAACUGACGGCCAUUAAGAUCCACUUUGGGCUAGCACACCCCGCUGCCUACACUGCCUACCAACUGUCCCAUAUGCAGGACCAGGCCCGUAACAGUGCUCGGGUCUCCCAUCUCGCUCUGCAAAGGGACUACUGGAGAAGUCAAGAAUCCCCCCUGUGGUCCGCCUCACAACCUCCUCACCCGGUCUUCAUGCCUAUACCCCAGACAAGAGCCAGUCCUUAUUUAAACCAGCAUGGUGGCAUAAGCUCCAGUCUCUCCUCUACACUCAUGUAUCCUGAAAUGUUCAAACAGAGCCAACUUCGUCAACCUGAUGCUAUGUGUAUGCCGAGGAGGCCGAGUCCCAGAAAAGACCUUUGGGAGGAAGAUGAGCAACAGGUCCCUCGAAUUUCACAGCUACCUGGUCCUAUGCAAACUCCAAAGAACAACCCAGACAGAGACAGACCUUACUUACCCUCAUAACCAAGAAUAGCACAUUAUAAAUACUGUUUUAAAAUCAAGCAUUACAAUGACCAACAUUGUGCCGCAUCUUUGCAUCAAUUACUUUAUUUUGACUGACCACUUUGUGUAUUGCAUCUAAGGAAGGUGUGUGUUUUGUUGUAUCUUUGAGCAAGAUACUUCACCCAGAUUGCCUCCAGUGUUGAUACAUUAGAGUACAACAUGAAUGUGUGUUUAUGAGAGUCAAUAAAUAUAAAUUAUGCAUUGCUACAGUUAGACAUGUUUACAGCAUGUGUCUUAUGUAUGUUCAUUAACAUGAGUAUUAUGACCAAGUAAAAAAAGUAAUUAAAAUAUAUCUAAAAAAAUAAAUAAGGUCAGUUGUUAACGUGCUGCUUACUGGCUAUGGCUACUGUGUACACUUACAAACGAAGUUCAAAUGAUAACUGUGAAGAGGUUUGGUUUUCCUGUGUGGGCAGAAGUUGUCAUCUUCCUACAUUGUGUGACCAUUAAAAUCUUCCAGUUGCCUAUCUUUGGUUUUCUUUGUAACA